AUGGAGUCCACAUCCUCACACGAGGAAUACGGCCGCCCGCCCCCUCGCAGAAGAUUAGGUAUCCUCGGCAAACCCAUGCUGUCAUCUCCUCCAGAUUCAGAUGUGGAAGCAGGUACAGAAUCUCCACUAUCAGAGCGGCCGGAACGAAGUGAUAUCUCUACCAAUGACCCACCCUCCAGUUUGCUGAACAGUCACCCGCCCGAAGAACUAGACGAUUUCCGAAACCCAUCUUAUAUAGGCUCAGACUCAGAUGCUAUAGAAAUCUUCUUCGAAAGCAGAGAUAGCCGCACCAAAUUACCCUAUCUCUCCUUUGUCUCGGUAACCAGCGAUGAUAUAGUCAAUGACCUCGAUGAAGGCAGGCUAAUGCCCCUACUGGUUGAAUCAUAUGACAUGCUCUUCCCAGAUGAACUUGAAAACGGCAUCGCAGACGGCACAAUUAGUCUGGAUAUCUCUCUGGAAAGUAUCGAUGACGAUGACGAUGAUGACGACGAGGAUGAGUACGAGGAUGAGUACGAAGAUGAGGAUGAGGAUGAGGAUGAGGAUGAAGAUGAAGAUGAAGAUGAGGAUUCUAGCUCUCCUUCGUCUCUGGAAUACGAUAUAAUCAAAGACAGACCUAGGCCAGGUGUCGGCGAGAAGAAAGGUUUCAUCAACGGUAUAUUUACGUGGAUGAAACGGAUUCCUGCCACUGAUGAGAGUGAGCUGUCUGUCUCCUUGUCUGAGAAAAAUUUAUCAGAAAAGAGCGUCGAGUGUGACCUGAAGCGGAAGUCUAGCAUGGACGACCUGCAUUCUGCCUAUGAAGUUUCUGAAGGGCCAAGUUCAUAG